UUCUGAUUCAAAUUACAUUUUAUCGACCGAUACAGUAGAACAAACAUCAUUUCCAAUAUGGAAUACUGAACUUGCUUGGGAGGUGGAUCAAAAAACUUUGCUCAUUCUUCGUUCCCAAUGGGCACAUUUAAAAUUACAAUGUUUUUCGGUAAAUUCAUCAGAUAAAAGUGAAUUGAUUGGCUAUUCUAUGCUGGACCUGAGAACUGCAUCGGAUCGUCCUGGAAAAGAAAAAUGGAUUUCUCUUAUUAAUCCUAGAGUAAGGGGUCUUCAUCCUGAAAUUUACAUUGGAUUUUGUAUAUUACCAAAUAUGUCACCACCAUCGACACCUACUCCUUUAGGAUAUGUGCCUAGUCCUUUGGGCAAAUCAGUUGAAAACCUUUUUGAUGUCCAAGAUGAUGCAAUUAAUAAUGUAGAAGAAAGAAAAUACGAUAACGAUGAUUUAUAUCGAAUCGGCACAGAUGGAUCGGAAAUCUUCCUUUUUUCUAUUACAAUUAAUUUUGGUGCUAAUUUACACCUGUUAUUGCAAGAUACUAUUUCGUUUAUCACACAGCAGCAGUUUCCCGAAGUCGAUGAACCUGGUCUUUCCACUCAUGGUUACUUCUUUCAAUAUACAAUUUUUGAAAAUACAACCACAUCAACCAGAUUUUAUGACCUUACACAUCCAAAUAUAAUACCUGAAACGACAACCUUUCGAAUUCUUUCGUCUCUAAAAGAUAUGAAAGAUUUUCUUGAAAAAGAAUCUUCUUUAGUUGUUAAUUUGUAUCAUGAUGAUCAAAUAAUCGGGUUUUCUGACAUUCCCUUGAAAGGUCUUUUCGAUAUAAAAACGGGUGAACCACGUUCUUUGGACAGAGUUUGUCCGAUUUAUAACACUAAAAGAGAAUUACCUGUAUCAGCAGAUGUACAAAUUGCAAGGAUCGGACUCUACUUAACUCUUAAAAGAGAAAAUACAGAAACAUUAGUUGACAGUGAGCCAUUAACUUCAUCUCCAAUUACCAUUGAAAGAUCACAAACAACACUCUCGGAGAAUGUGGAUCAAGCGCUUACCCGAGAACAAAAUAGCGAACAUAAGUAUAGCAUUUUGAUUGUUUUAGAAUCGAUCAAACUAAAUAAGGACAUCAAAAACAUAUUUAUUAUUUAUAGUUAUCCAGCGUUAGGUAUUUCUAAUAAAUCAACACAGGUUAUUCCGAAUGUAGAAGCUGGUUUAGAUGUAAUAUUAGUUAAUGGAACUAAUGCAAUUGAUGUUACAAUGACUCAGCAGAGACUUAAAAGAUACUUUGAAGCUGUACCUUUGCUUAUGGAAAUAUGGCAAAAUAAUGAACCUAAAGAUGUACAAAUAGGAGUUGCCACAUUACGUUUAGAGGAAGUUUUCUUAUCUUUACCUAAUAUUGAUGAAGAAAGCAAAGCAGAAGUUCAAACUUUUACUACUUUAACUCCGAUAAAAUCUGUAGGUUUAGUCACAUCACGAGAAAUGGGUCACAUAAGUGUUUCCAUAAGACUGGAUGAUCAUGGAGAGAAACAAAAAACAAUCUUGACAAAUUCUAAUGGUGGAACUAACUUAUCCGAACUUCCUAACGGAACAUCACCGGUAGAGUCUCAAUCCAUGGAAAGACAAUCAUCUCGUUCUUCUACAUCAUUAUCAGUAACGAAAAAUGAUUGCGAUGGUUCUUCAUCAUGUAUGUCAACAUUUCGUUCAGAUAUACUCCAACAAGCCGAAGAAAACAUUAAAUUUACUAAAGAAGUACUUGCGGUCGAAAAGAAGAAUGCUAAAAAUCAAAGUUCACUUAAAUCUAAAGUUCAACAACUGAAAGCAAUAGAUAGACAGUUACAACAAUCCAUUCUGUAUUUUCAAACUCGAGAUGAAAAUUUAUUAAGAGCCGAAAAAGAUUUUGAUCGACGUUGGUUGGAACUAGACAGGCAAUUCGAACAACGAAAAAAAGAAAUGCAAUUACAAUUUCAAGCGGAAAUACAAAACCUUAGAAUUCAAUUGGACUGUACAAAAAAGGCACAAAAACAAUAUGAAGGUCAAUGGUUAAGAGCUUUACAGAUUUUAGCUGGUACGCAUGAAACAGGAAGUGAGGAAGCUAUGUUUUGGAAAGGAUUAAAAGAAACGGAUCAAUGUUGGUGGCAGGUUAAAAAAAUGGCAGAAGAAGAGAUCGAAGUUAUAGAUUAUGAAAAGUCUGCGUUGGAUAUAUUAAAAGGAGAGAUUGAAAGAUUAAGAAAAUCUUUAAGUAGUAAUUGA